AUAUCAGAGAGCAGCUGCGCCUCCUGGAGGAAACCAAUGAGGACCUCAGCAACAGGACAUGCCGGAAUAAUAUCCGGGUAAGAGGCUUACCGGAAUCGGUGUCUACAUACCUCCUGCCGGACACGCUCACCGCAGUGUUCCAAAACCUUCUGCCUAAGGCCACUGCAACAGACUUCCUCAUGGACCGCGCUCAUCAUACCCUGAGGGCACUCAGUGCCAAUCUCACCAACCCGAGAGACAAUUUA